AAAAAGAUCAUCCCCUCCGUAUCCAUUCCUCCAUCGGAGAAAACUCUGGCGGCACUCAAAGAUUCAACAACUACUCAAAUGGCAUCAUCCAGUAGUGGACUAACCUUCAAGCUUCAUCCACUCGUCAUCGUCAACAUAUCGGAUCAUCACACACGUGUCAAGUCUCAAUCUCAACCCCCCACCGCCAACGGUUUUGCUUCUGACGCCACCUCCGCCUCUUCCAAUUCGCCCCCUCUUUCUUCUCCUAGGGUCUUCGGUUGCGUCAUUGGAGUUCAAAGAGGACGUACCGUCGAGAUCUUCAACAGCUUUGAACUUCUCUAUGAUCCCUCCACCCAUUCCCUCGAUCGUUCCUUCCUCGAGAAGAAACAAGAACUCUAUAAGAAAGUGUUUCCCAACUUCUACAUCCUUGGGUGGUAUUCUACAAGUGCAGAUGCAGAAGAAUCAGAUAUGCACAUACACAAAGCUUUGAUGGAUAUCAAUGAAAGCCCUGUGUAUGUUCUUUUGAAUCCUUCGAUCAAUCAUGCGCAAAAGGAUCUCCCAGUAACUAUUUAUGAGAGUGAGUUGCACGUCAUUGAUGGGAUUCCGCAACUUAUUUUUGUACGCUCAAGCUACACUAUAGAGACAGUAGAAGCCGAAAGAAUAUCUGUUGACCAUGUUGCGCACCUUAAACCAUCUGAUGGAGGUUCAGCUGCUACUCAAUUGGCGGCUCACUUGACGGGCAUACAUAGUGCUAUCAAGAUGCUUAAUAGCAGAAUUAGAGUGCUUCAUCACUAUCUUAAUGCUAUGCAAAAAGGUGAAAUUCCUUAUGAAAAUUCAUUGCUGAGACAGGUAUCUAGUCUCUUGAGGAGAUUACCUGCUAUAGAGUCGGAGAAAUUUCAGGAUGACUUCUUAAUGGAAUACAAUGACACGCUAUUGAUUAGUUAUCUGGCCAUGUUCACCGAUUGCUCAAGCACGAUGAACGAUCUAGUUGAUAAAAUCAACGUGGCAUUUGACAGGCAUAGUCGGAGGGGAGGACGUACGGCCUUCAUCUGAAAACAAACAGUUAAUGGAAUUUUUGUUUGUCUGGGUAGAGUUGAAAGUUAAGUAAUUGGUUGGUUUUUAUGAAGAAGAAAUGGUGGACUAUAGUUUUAGGUUUAUUAUAUCAUCUUUGUCAUGUGGGUGUGUUGAUGUGAUUUAGAAAUUAUAAAACCAUUCAUUGUUCAUCCUUUUAAAGAGCAGUUUUUGUGAAGGGAAAAAAAGGGUUCUGAGAACUCUCAUCACUUCGUUCA